AUGGACAAGCCUGGUCCCAGCUCGUGCAAGACGUGCCCCGAAUCAUCGACGCCGCCGCUGGCCGACACCACCAAGGGCAUUUGGAUCAACGGCGUGGGCGACAAUGCGCACGAGGCUCUGAUGAUUGCCUACAGGAAGCGCCUUCGUAUCUUUGUCAAGACGGCUCACAAGCCGUAUGAUCUUGUGGUGACGUGUGUUUUGCUCAUGGCGAACUUGUUGGCACCGAAUGUUUUUCGUCUUAGAUCUGAUGGGCUUUGGGAUGAGUGGCAGCCGAUGCGGGAUCUCUAUGCUCGUCUUUGGACCGGGGAGGAAAUUGGGGGACCGCCGUGGGAAGAGGAUGAGGAAGAAGAAGAGUGA